GGACCCGUGCAAAAGAAAAUAAAGGGCUAUACUAGAAACUCUGUUGAUCAUGGAUUUGGCAAUACAAAAAGAGAAUAUUCUAGAUCAGAGAUUUGGUGUAUUGACCAAUUUGCCAAAGUAAUAGAAAGAAACUUGUGGAGCAAAAUUGACCCAUACUGUCCAAUUACUUUUCAUGAUAAACUUUGUCCAAAACCAUCAGAUAGUGUUAUAGAGAGAGUUGGACGUUUGAAAGGGACCCGUGCAAAAGAAAAUAAAGCUGGUAAAAAACUAUCAGAAGAAAUUGAGAAAA